GAUACCAGAUGGCCAAAAGAAAAACGAAAGAAAGAAAGAAAAAGAACCUAACUGCUAUAAAGUAAUGUCCUAUCCAUAUCUUUUCUCCCUAAAUCUUCCAUUUUUCACAGUCCAAAAAAACUUUCCUCCACCUAAAUACACACACCAAAAAAAGAAAGAAAGAUCUAUCUUAAGAGAAUCAACCAGAAAGAAAAAAAGUGACUUCUAGAAUCUGCAUUCAUUUCUGAAAUGCAGAGGAGAAAAAUGGGAUUCUUGAUGAGAAAUUUUCUAGUUUUAUGUUGUUGGAUGAUUUUAGCUGCAAAAGCAGAAGAGCACAUUACAUACAAAGAUCCAAACAAGCCCUUAGGCAGAAGAAUCAAGGACUUAAUGGGCAAAAUGACUUUGGAAGAAAAAAUUGGCCAAAUGAUACAAAUUGAUCGUACGGUUGCAACUUCAGAGGUCAUGAAGAAAUACUACAUAGGAAGUGUGUUGAGUGGUGGAGGAAGUGUGCCUAAGAAAGAAGCAUCACCAGAAGAUUGGAUUGACAUGAUAAAUGGUUUUCAGAAGGGUUCAUUAUCGACUCGUCUUGGGAUACCUAUGAUUUAUGGGAUUGAUGCUGUUCAUGGCAACAACAAUGCCUAUAAUGCUACAAUUUUCCCUCAUAAUGUUGGUCUUGGAGUAACCAGGGAUCCUCAACUGGUCAAGAAGAUUGGAUCUGCAACAGCACUUGAAGCUAGAGCAACUGGAAUUCCAUAUGUUUUUGCACCUUGUCUUGCGGUUUGCAGAGAUCCAAGAUGGGGCAGAUGUUAUGAGAGUUAUAGUGAAGAUCCUAAAAUUGUUAGGGCAAUGAGUGAGAUGGUUCCUGGAUUACAGGGAGAUGUUCCUUCUAAUGGUAGAUUAGGAGUCCCUUUUGUUGCUGACAAGCAAAAGGUGGCUGCUUGUGCUAAGCAUUAUGUGGGAGAUGGUGGGACAGUGAAAGGCAUCAAUGAGAACAACACAAUUAUUGAUAGACAUGGUUUACUUAGUCUACAUAUGGCAGGUUACUAUAAUUCAAUCAUCAAAGGUGUUGCUACUGUUAUGGUUUCCUAUUCAAGUUGGAAUGGUGUCAGAAUGCAUGGAAAUAAAGAAUUGGUCACUGGUUUUCUUAAAGGCACACUUAGAUUCAGAGGGUUUGUUAUUUCAGAUUGGGCAGGAAUUGACAAGCUUACUUAUCCAUGGCAUACAAACUAUACAUAUUCCAUUCUUCAAGGUGUCAAUGCUGGCAUUGACAUGGUUAUGUUGCCUUACAACUAUACAGAAUUCAUUGAUGGUUUAACAUAUUUAGUGAACAACAACUAUGUUCAAAUGGGCCGCAUCGACGAUGCAGUCAAGAGGAUUCUCAGGGUGAAGUUCCAAAUGGGACUUUUUGAGGAGCCUCUUGCUGAUUAUAGUUUGACGAAAUAUCUCGGAAGCCCGGAGCAUAGAGAAUUGGCAAGAGAAGCAGUGAGAAGGUCACUUGUUUUGUUAAAGAAUGGUGCAAAUGCAGAUGAACCAGUUUUGCCACUUCCAAAAAAGGCAACAAGUAUAUUAGUUGCAGGAGCCCAUGCUAACAAUAUGGGCUACCAAUGUGGUGGAUGGACCAUUACAUGGCAAGGACUUAGUGGAAACACAACAAUUGGUACGACAAUUCUCUCAGCUAUAGAGAACACAGUUGAUCCAGAAACAAAGGUUGUGUUCAAGGAAAAUCCGGAUGCCGAAUUCGUCAAGUCCAACAACUUCUCCUAUGCCAUCGUCGUGGUGGGAGAGACGCCGUACGCGGAAGGCUCUGGUGACAGCCUAAACUUAACAAUCCCAGCGCCCGGCCCGGACACCAUGACCACGGUCUGCGCCUCGGUGAAGUGCGUGGUCGUGCUCGUCACGGGCCGGCCGGUCGUGAUCCAGCCGUAUCUAGCUCAAGUGGAUGCACUUGUAGCAGCAUGGCUACCAGGCACAGAAGGACAAGGUGUUGCUGAUGUCCUGUUUGGUGACUAUGGUUUUACUGGAAAAUUAGCAAGGACUUGGUUCAAGACUGUUGAUCAACUCCCUAUGAAUGUUGGUGAUCCACAUUAUGACCCUUUGUUUCCUUUUGGAUUUGGACUUACCACAGAACCAGCCAAGGCCUACUAAUGAAAACAACUGAUUUUUCACACACACAGACACACAAGAAGUUCAUACACAUCUAUAUAUUACCACUUUAUGAUUUGAGUUUAGUGCAAAGAUUAAACAUGUAACAGAGGCAAUGUCAGACAAGUGGAGUAAUCGAAAUGGAACUUUUUGUUUUGUCUCAA